UCUGAAAAUGCAAAAUUGAAAUUUUAAAUUCAUGCCCGGUUCUCGCCCGACGGCGCCGUUUCAAGCUAGGGUUUCUCUGCAGCCACAGAAUCCAAUUUCAACUUCCAACACUCUCACAAAAAACCUAGCUAAUAAGGUAUCUGACCCAAAUUCGAAUCUUAGGGUUCAUCGCACUGCUUGCUUUGAGGAUUUAAGCCAAUCCAAUGGCAUAAUUGCAAGCUAAGCUAAGGCUUAGUCGCCUACAAAUUGAUUCCUUUGCAGGUCUAUAGGUAUCAAAAAGGUGGAGAGGAAAUUUGGGCCUAAGAACAAAUGGAAGAUUUUCCUGAACGCAGUCGUUUCGACGACAACCAAAUCGCCUACAAUGGAAACGAAGAAUUUGAACAACCACCAGAGCAACAAUAUGAAGAAUUUGAACAACCACCAGAGCAACAAUUUGAUUCGGGGCGUGGUUUUGAAACGAAUCAUAACGUAGAUAGUGAAGGCAAUGAGUUUAGGGAUUCAUUCAAUCAUCGUGAUUCGGCUGCGGGAAAACUAUUUGUAGGAGGCGUUUCUUGGGAGACGACUGAAGAGGCCUUUACCAAUUACUUCAGCAAGUAUGGAGAAAUAGCAGAUUCUGUUAUAAUGAUUGAUAAACAUUCUGGGAGGCCAAGGGGGUUUGGGUUUGUAACAUUUGCUGAUCCAGGGGUUGUUGAUUCGGUUUUGGAGGAAGAACAUGUCAUAGAUGGCAGAGUGGUGGAGGUAAAGAGGACAGUCCCGAGGGAGGAUAUGGGGUUUAAGGGGAUAUCGAAAAGAAAGAAGAUUUUUGUUGGUGGAAUACCAACGUCUUUGACUGAUGAUGAGUUGGGGGAAUAUUUCUCUACAUAUGGUAGCAUUGUUGAGCACCAGAUUAUGGUAGAUCAUAAAACUGGGAGGUCUAGAGGAUUUGGGUUUGUCACUUUUGAGAAUGAAGAUGCUCUUGACAAGGUAUUUUCUGAGGGCAAGAUACACGAACUUGGAGGCAAACAGGUGGAAAUAAAAAAGGCUGAACCUAAAAGGGGUGGUGGUGAUUUCAGUGGCAGUGCUCCCAAGUCAUAUGGUGGCUUAGGUGGUGCUGCAGCUGGAUAUGGUGCAUAUAAUUCUGCAAGUCGGUACAAUGGAAAAAUGGGCAGGGGCUAUGGUGGAGGUGGGUAUCCCACCUAUGGUACUUACAAUAAUUAUGGUGGAAACUAUGCUGGAAGCUAUGCGGGUUUCUACGGUGGCUAUGGUGGAUAUGGAUAUGGAUUUGGGUAUGGUGGACCCAUGUAUGGCAAUGCUGGAUAUGCGGCCAGUGCAUAUGGCAUGCCUGCUGGUUAUGGUGGGAAUACUGCCUAUGGUGGUGGUAGAGGGUAUGGAAAUGGUGCUGUUGGCCGUGGUGGUGGUAGCGGCGGUGGAAGUUAUGGUUCUGGUAGAGGAUAUGAUCGGAGUGGUGGUUCUACGACCGGAAGAUAUCAUCCUUAUCAAAAGUGAGGAAAAUUUUUGUCGACUUCAUACUUUGUAAUCAGCGUCCACCGACUGUUGGAGCAUAGUGAACUUUCCUCAGUUGCUGCGUGGGAGCAUCAACAAAAUUUGCUGUAAUUGUGAAAAAAAAAACACUCUGAUCAUAUUUGUUAAAAUUUGUGGUACUUUGCCCUAUCAGACCGGUUGAUUUGGAAGAGGAAGCAAAUGACAACUUUGCCAGCAUAAAUGGGUCUCUGAUAGGAGGUUUUCUAAGAUUCUUGCACUCUGUAAAGCAAAUUAAUGUGCAGAUCAACUUUUUUGCAAGCCAUAUAGAAAUGCUACAGCUUAUUUAUGUCGCAACUUUUAAUCCCAGGGAUGUUUUUGAUUGGAAUGUCUUAUCAGUUGCUUGUAGUUUUAAGCAUCGUUUAGAACAUAUAGGGUUGGUCUGUGUUGUGUGCUCUUCUUUUGGUUGGCUAAAAAGGAAGUUGGAAAAGCAGAUUGUAGUCGAGUACCUAACUGUAAGUUAAAGAUUUUGGCCAUCUUUGAAGUUUGAACAAGUUUCAUUCGUUGUGCGCUUUUA